GACUGUAGCUUAGCCACACAGUAGUGGCUGCACAUUGAAUGAAAGUCAGCACAGCAGCCUGCACCCCACAGACUGAGAGGGAUAUUUCCACGCUGUCACCAUUUUUUUUACGUUUUUAUCAUAAGCAUUUUGGACGACAACGUUAUAACAAGUGCACUUAUAAAGCGUGAUCAAAAAACAUUGACGGUAUUUGUGGGGUAAGGACCAGGCUGUGUGUGUGGACAUGAAGUGGGACACAGCUCGACUGAUUGCUGGGCUACUCGCUGCAGUGCUGUUCCUCUUGUCAGAGCAGUGCUGGGCAGACGGUGGUGGCCCGAGUCUUGCCGAACGGGUGAUUUGGGCAGUAAACUCCGGUGGUGAGGCCCAUUUGGAUGUGCAUGGCAUCCAUUUCAAGAAAGACCCAUUAGAAGGAAAGGUUGGUAAAGCAUCUGAUUAUGGGGUGCGUCUGCCGAUCCUCCGAUCGAGUCCAGAAGACCAGAUUUUGUACCAAACAGAACGCUACAAUGAGGACACAUUUGGAUAUGAGGUCCCCAUUCGAGACGAAGGAGACUAUAUACUAGUUCUGAAGUUUGCAGAGGUUUACUUUGCACAGUCACAACAAAAGGUUUUCGAUGUCCGUCUAAAUGGGCACAUAGUUGUAAAAGAUCUGGAUAUCUUUGAACGUGUAGGCCACAGCACCGCUCACGACGAAAUAGUUCCUUUUUCUAUACGACGAGGAAAACUCAGUGUCAAAGGAGAAGUGUCCACUUUCAAUGGCAAGCUCACUGUGGAGUUUGUCAAGGGAUAUUAUGACAACCCAAAAGUCUGUGCUCUUUAUGUUAUGAAAGGGACACAAGAUGAUGUACCAAAACUUCAGCCUCACCCAGGUCUGGAGAAGCCUGAGGAGGAGGAUGAAGAGGAGGAGGAAACAGAGGGAGGAGAGGAAGGGGGAAAGAAGAAGGUCUCCACAGGCUCGAAGACCAGGGUCCAGUCUGGGCCUCGAACACCAAAUCCAUACGCAGCUGACAACAGCAGUUUAAUGUUUCCAAUUCUGGUUGCUUUUGGGGUUUUCAUACCCACAUUGUUCUGCCUAUGUCGGCUGUAAGAGACUUGAAAAUAGACUAUAACAGAAGGGAGGGGACAAAGAUGGCAACACAGGUAAAGCAUACACACAGGACAAGACAGCAAAACAUGGGAGGACAAUAUCUUAUUUGGAGAGCCACUGCAAGAUGAUUCAGACUCUGAUAUCAAAGGUGAAUAGCAGAAAGUGUUGGCCACGCUUCUUGUGAAUGUGUUUUGCGUCCACCUAUGCUGACCCUUUCUGAACAAUCUUAGUCAUUUUUUCACUCUGACUUGGCAGGGUUUACUCCUGCCCUGUUAUUUUCAGCAGCUCGCGGGUGCUCAGGAGUGACUUGUCUGGGCCUAAACAAAAGCAUUGGGUUUUUGUUUUUUGUUUAUUUUUUUAACUGAGUGUAGCCAGAAACUGCACUUGGAUCAACACUCCUGCUCAAUAUCUGGUUGACACCGAAAAAAAACAAAAUUGGAUGCUGCUAAGAAAAGAUAGGAAACCAAGCAGUAAGUGGACAUAUGGAUUGUGUUCUAAGGGGCUUUCUCUGUUUGUUGAAUCGGUCUUUUUGAGUUAAUUUGCCAUGAAAUCUUAAAAGGUAUACCAUACCGCAGUUAAACCGGCCCUUUACCUGACAGGCUAAUCUGUCAGAUGUCAUCUUGCCUUUAUCUUUGCAUUUGUUGUGUCUUGCUUGUUUAAUUGUUUUUUAAUGUAGUAAAUUGUUUCACCAAAUACUGAUUUAGGGCUGUUACUCUUACAGCCUUGAUUUGUUUUCCCCUUCGAAAGACAGACGAAUGCAUUUAGUGAGAGGCAAAGUUCACGUGCCAUUAGGCCUUUUGGUCAUAGCUCCUCUUUCAUUAAUUGCUUGUGGAUUUUUUUUUUCCUGAAUUCUCUUUUCUUUUGCCUGCAAUUUUUAUUAACAAAAUGUGUAUAUCACAAUUGUUUACUUUUACAAAUGCUUGAUGAAAAAAAAAGUAUAUUCCUAUUAUCCCUUUUUAAAAAAACAAAAUUGAAAAUUGAAAUUUAAACUCCCGUAUUUCACUGACGAGAAAAUAUACUACAUGACCUCUUAGCCAAACAUUUAUGUAAUUUUGUGAAAGAAAUACACUAUAUAAAGUAGUUAGAACUAUCCCUUAUUAAAAAAAAACUUAAUGUGCCAUGAUUUGAGCCAUAUUAUGUGUUUAUACUUGAUGAUCAAAUGAUUUACAAAAUGGGGCCAGUGUAGGAACAAAAUUGUUCCUACACUGGCCCCAUCUUCAAAAAGCACAAUCUCAAGAAAAAUGUUUACUGGGGAGAUACUUCAGCGGUCAUAUUUGUCCCCUUCAUUUUAAUUUUCAGUGUAAAUUUAAGUGCAUUUGUUAGUGUUCUCUGCAAAAGUGUUAGUCAGGUUUUUAGAAGGCUAGGAUAUUAACAGUGACUUGUUCUAAAAGAUCCUUUGCUAAGGCACCGAUCUCCCAGUGUAAAAGAAUCAGUAUAAGAUUUUCUUUAGUGGUAAAUUAGGCUAAAUUUGCUUUCCAUUGUGUCACAAAAUCUUCUGUAUGAAAGGACAGAGAUGAUCUGAUUUUUAUAGUGCUUGUACUAAAAGCUUACACAUUAUCAGGGUUACAAAAAACAUUACUGGCUAAUACUUUUGCAAAGCAUCAUGUUUAUAUUCUAUGUUCAAGCCAUUUGUGCUACCUUUGUACAAUGAUAUACUUAUUUUAGGACAGAAAGCAUCUUUAUUCUCAUUAUUUGCAGAGCUGUGUAGUGGACUGGGCCCUCCUAUUUAUGUCUCUAAUUACCUUCUCCUAAUGCCUUGUUCUGGUCCAAGGACGCUGUUGUAACUUUGCCUGUUUCACUAAUGCGUCUUAAAUGUCCCCUAAGACUCCCUCCUGCCUUUUGAGUAUUGCUGUAUCCCAAAUGCAGUACCUGAGAAAUGGCUAUGGACCUCUCCUUUACUACCUUGUGCAAAAAGAUGGUGCCAGAAAGUAUGUAUAUUAGGAUUAGUUUUAAAUUCAGCACCAAAGUCACUAUGUUUUGUCUGUUUAACAGAGGCUACACAGCUGCGUGUGUAUAUAAGGUACAUGCUCACACUGAUACUGUGUGACAAAGAUGGCGAUCACUUUUAUUUUGUAGUUUUGGAUAAUUACACUUAUUCUCGUGAGGCCUUUUUUUCUUUUUCUUUUUUUAAGGAACGGUUGUUGGUACAGGCUGGUAUAAAAAUGAAUAGGCUGCAAUAAAAUUAACUGUCAAAGUUUAAAUUUGAUUAAUUCUGAAUAUAUUAGAUCUUCCAUUCUAUUAUAGUAUAUAAUUUAAAUGAUGGGGCUGGUCUGGAGAUAUUUUAUGAUCCACUUGAUUUGUAUGAGUUUUCUGCCUCAGGAUCUUGUUUUGUUUGAUUUUUAAAAACUUGAUAUUUUAUUGGUGUGUUUUUUGCACUGCCUCAUGUUUUUUGGAAAAUCUUGUAAUUUUUGUGUUUCUAUGUUGCCUUGAAUUAUUGAAUACAUGGCUUUUCCAUCACUUGGCUUGAGGUCACUCUUCUGUUGGUUUGUAUCAAAUAUAAUUUCUUAUUCCUUGUCCACAGUGAAACGUCCAAGGAUAAACUUUAAUUGCCAAGGUUGCUCUUGCUUCAGAGUAACCUCUUUUUCCCUAAAGACAACUGCAGUCUUCAACGUUUGGAUUGUAAGAAAUGGCUGAUCACAAACAUCACAAGGUGUGGAUAUCUCUGGAGUGGAUAACUUUGCUCACUUUUCAGUGGUUUUAGGAGAUGUCUUUGAAAUCCUCAAAAGUAUUUUAUACACAUUGGGCACCACAAAGUCCCAUUUUAGGCAAUAAUCCACACCACAUACUUUUGUUUAUCUGAAAAUGUGUUUGGUCACCAUCUUGUUUUUUUCUAUUAUUUGAAGGAGCUUGACUGGUUCAGAUACAGUACAUGACUAGAAAGUUUGAAUUGAGUUUGCAAACCACACAUAAUGGCUUAUACCAUCACAGUGUUAUAGUUCAUUUGAGCAAAGCUAAUAAGGAUAUGUUUAACUUGUGUUCCUGAGGGCUACAUCUGCAGCAAGAGAACAGAGACAUGUAUUCAACACUGAACUUUCUCAGAUGUGGCAUAUAUCUGCAAAAUGGCAAAUUCUGAUAAAUGCUGUCUCUUUUUAAUAAAUGUGCUAUUUUAUCAGAA